AUGAUAUAUACCAACCCCAGACGGAUGACAAUACCCAACUUGGAUCUUCUUACUCUUCUGUUCGAGUAUGAAGGUUCUCGAGCAAAAGACGAUGACCCAUUAUUUGCCGAGGCGAAAUAUCCCUCCCAAACCAUCACCAAGGCACGCGUCCGCGACUUGACUCGCCAAUUCGCCUACUUCCUUCGCCAUCAAUACGGCAUUGGGAGCGACGGACCCGGGCGCGACGUGGUUGUAUCGAUAUCUACGGGACAAUCUGCGCUAGCCUGCGUGCUCUACGCGGUGCUUGCUGCGGAGGGCAUCUAUUCCGCUGCAUCACCUUCCUCCACGGUGUCAGACUUGACAAGGCAGAUCAAGGAUGGUCCUGGAAAGGUCGUUGUAAGCAGUGAAGAUGUCAAAGGCGUCGCUCUGAGUGCUGCUCGUGAAGCCGGACUGCCUGUUAGGAAUGUUCUGGUGUUAAAGUCUCAUCCACAGAUACAGCUAAAGAGCGCUGACGGCGAGAUUGAAUGCGACUUCAGAGGAUCUCUGGACUGGAGACGAAUCUCUGAUCCGGAGGAGCUCGAGAACAGCAAGGCAUGCAUUGUUUAUUCAUCAGGCACUACAGGACUACCAAAGGGCGUCCUCGUGUCUCACCAGAACAUGGUUUCCGAGUGCUAUCUCCCCAGCACCUUGGGCCGUGAAGCCUGGGAACGAAUAGGCAGAGAUUUUCCUCGAUCCACGCUCGGCCACCUGCCCGCCGCGCACAUUGCCGGCUUGCAGAGUUAUUUCGUAAAUGCUGUCUACGAUGGAGCCGUGACUUACUGGAUGCCAAGCUUCAACUUUGAUGAUUUCGUUCGAUAUUUUGCAGAGCUCAAGCCGACAUUCUUCUUCUCUGUGCCGCCCAUAUUCAUGGCCAUUGCCAAACAUCCCGCAGUCAAAGAUCAGUUUAAGAGCGUCGAAUAUGCGACGUCUGCUGCGGCGCCGAUGAGUUAUGAAUUGCAGCAAGCAGCAAGCAAGAAGCUCAAGGGGAUUGUUUACCAAGUCUGGGGGCUGAGUGAGACGACGGGCGCUGUCACUUAUACUCCACCUGACCGGACUGAUACCAUGGGGAGCUUGAGUCCGCUGCUGCCGAAUGUCAGCCUGAGGCUGGUUGACGAGAACGAUAAUGACGUCGAAGAGGGACAAUCAGGCGAGGCAUUGCUCAAAGGUCCAAUGGUCACCAAAGGAUACCACAACAACCCAGAUGCCAACAACGCAGCCUUUACCACGGACGGCUGGUUUCGAACAGGUGAUGUCCUUAAAAUGGAGGGAGACGUGUUUUACCUGGUUGACCGGAAAAAGGAAUUGAUAAAGUACAAGGGACUCCAGGUUGCGCCAGCUGAACUUGAGGGCAUCCUUACAGCUCACCCAUCCGUGGCCGAUGCCGCCGUCAUCGGGACGAAACGAGAGGACACGGAAGUUCCUAUCGCAUACGUCGCUCUCGCAUCGGGAGCAAAGGGCAGCGUCUCAGAAGCUGAACUUGUCGACUACGUUCGGAGCAAAGUCGCGGAUUAUAAGCGUCUGAGAGGGGGUGUGAUUUUCAUCGAGGCCAUUCCUAGGAGUCCCACGGGGAAGAUUUUGAGGAAAGAUUUGAGAGCAUUGCACAGCCGCCAGAGGGGAUCGAAGAUUUGA